CAAGAACAGGGAAGUUGGAUCUUUCGUGUUGAUUUGGCCCGAACCUCUUUCUCAAAAUCGGCUGCCUCGAGGCUCGAUCGAUCGAUUGGUGGGGUCGAGGCCGCAGUUCCGUGGAAACACUUCAAUCCCUGCGUCCGCCGCAAUGCCCGGGGAGUCUCACUCUAGUCACUGGCGCCCGGCCUGCCAAAGCCAUGCAGUUCGAAGAACCUGAGGCCCGGAAAGCCCCGUCAGUUCGGCGGAUCCUCCUUAUCCUCUUUCCCUCAACCGUGCUGGACGGUCUGCAUGCAUCGCAUUGAUGAGCACAUCGCAGAAACCAUAUACCUUUCAAAGGCGGCAGGAGGUUCACCCAUUCUCUGGUCGCGUUCAACACGCUUGAGCGGCAGCGGACUGCCGAGAAAUUUCGGGCCGCUCGGAUGCCGUCCGUCGUCGACACCGCCCGUUGCGAUGCACCCAUCCCAGCCGCUACAUGGACCUGAGGAACCAACCGCCAUCACAAUCAUCAACAAUUCUAUCCGUAGCGGGGCCGGAUUCUGCACUAACCCAUCCAACAGCAUACCACUUGCGGAAGCCAGACGUGCCAGUUGUGGCGGCCAAUACCAGGCCACAGCCACAAUGCAUGGCAACCACACCGUUUCUCUCCCUGCCCGCCCAUCUCCGAGAAUGAAGAGCAAAAACAAAAGCGCGCCCAUCAUAUCACACCAAGAUAAAGAGACAAGAGACAAGACCGCGGAUGCCCCGGCCGGCUGACCCCGAAGUUUUUGAUGUUCCGACCAAUCCUUUCGCCGGGACCGUCUACGACGAGUUUAACCAGGGGAAGAGUGCGCAAGCGAUCGGCUUCGUCAAACCAUCAAU